AUUUUAGCAGAUAGCAGCAGAAAGUUGAAAGAAAACCAACAUGUCUGCUAGUUUUGCUUGUACCAUUGUGCUGUCGUUGCAAUAACUUUCAGACUUUUCAAAGAAACUUUCAUCUUCGCAUCGCACUAAGUUGAAAAAUUUAAGAAGAAAAUUGGGAUUUAGACGUAAAUUAACUAACCAAAUUCCCAAAUAGACACUGCAAUGGCGUCGAGCGAUUCCAAAGCUCCUGUUCGCCAGGUUCGCAGAGUGCAAUUCGGUAUUUUAUCCCCUGAUGAAAUCCGUCGCAUGUCUGUGACCGAAGGGGGAGUCAUGUUCCCAGAAACCAUGGAAGGUGGUCGUCCCAAACUUGGUGGACUCAUGGAUCCCCGCCAGGGUGUCAUCGAUCGUACCUCAAGGUGCCAAACCUGCGCCGGAAAUAUGACAGAAUGCCCUGGACAUUUCGGCCACAUAGAUCUGGCAAAGCCAGUUUUUCACAUUGGUUUCAUAACAAAAACCAUCAAGAUCCUACGAUGUGUAUGCUUCUACUGUUCCAAAAUGUUGGUCUCCCCGAACAACCCAAAGAUCAAAGAAAUUGUCAUGAAAUCCAAGGGUCAGCCUCGUAAGCGAUUGGCGUAUGUGUACGAUUUGUGCAAAGGCAAAACCGUGUGCGAGGGUGGUGAAGACAUGGACAUGACUAAGGAAGGCCACCAAGUGGAUCCGGGCAAGAAGCAAGGCCACGGAGGUUGUGGUCAUUACCAGCCUUCUAUCCGCCGUACAGGACUUGAGUUGACUGCCGAAUGGAAGAACGUCAAUGAAGAUUCACAGGAGAAGAAAAUUGCCAUAACUGGCGAACGGGUUUGGGAAAUCCUUAAGCACAUAGUGGACGAGGAGUGCUUCAUCCUGGGCAUGGACCCUAAGUACGCACGCCCCGAUUGGAUGAUAGUCACAGUGUUGCCAGUUCCCCCGCUAUCCGUCCGUCCGGCUGUGGUCAUGUUCGGCGCAGCCAAGAAUCAGGAUGAUUUGACGCACAAACUGGCCGACAUCAUAAAGGCCAACAACGAGUUAAAGAAGAACGAAGCGUCGGGUGCUGCCGCCCACGUUAUUCAAGAAAACAUUAAAAUGUUGCAGUUCCAUGUGGCAACUCUAGUAGACAACGAUAUGCCGGGAAUGCCUCGGGCCAUGCAGAAGUCCGGAAAACCUCUGAAGGCAUUGAAAACUCGCCUCAAGGGUAAAGAAGGACGUAUUCGUGGUAAUUUGAUGGGAAAGCGUGUGGAUUUCUCCGCUCGUACUGUCAUCACACCUGACCCUAACUUGCGUAUCGAUCAGGUUGGUGUCCCCCGAUCUAUCGCCCAGAAUCUAACAUUCCCCGAGUUGGUGACGCCGUUUAAUAUUGACAGAAUGCAGGAAUUGGUGCGACGUGGUAAUUCGCAGUAUCCUGGAGCAAAAUACAUUGUCCGGGACAAUGGAGAGCGUAUCGAUUUACGUUUCCACCCUAAACCCAGUGACUUGCAUUUGCAAUGCGGCUACAAGGUAGAGCGGCAUUUGAGAGAUGACGACUUGGUUAUCUUCAACCGUCAGCCAACGCUGCACAAGAUGAGUAUGAUGGGGCAUCGUGUGAAGGUUCUGCCCUGGUCGACAUUCCGUAUGAACUUGUCGUGUACUUCACCCUACAACGCUGAUUUCGAUGGUGACGAAAUGAAUCUGCACGUCCCACAGUCAAUGGAGACGCGUGCCGAGGUCGAGAACAUUCACAUCACUCCUCGACAGAUUAUUACACCGCAGGCCAAUAAACCUGUCAUGGGUAUUGUGCAGGACACCCUGACGGCCGUUCGAAAGAUGACCAAGCGUGAUGUGUUCAUAAAUCGCGAACAGGUCAUGAAUCUACUGAUGUUCUUGCCAACUUGGGAUGGCAAGGUACCGCAACCGUGUAUUCUGAAGCCGCGUCCAUUGUGGACGGGCAAGCAAAUAUUCUCGCUGAUUAUUCCUGGCAACGUCAACAUGAUUCGUACACAUUCAACCCAUCCUGAUGAAGAAGAUGACGGACCGUACAAAUGGAUCUCACCCGGAGACACCAAAGUCAUGGUCGAGCAUGGAGACUUGAUAAUGGGUAUUUUGUGUAAGAAGACCUUGGGUACUUCGGCAGGAUCGUUGCUGCAUAUUGUUUUCUUGGAAUUGGGACACGAGAUCGCCGGUCGCUUCUAUGGUAACAUUCAGACUGUCAUCAAUAACUGGUUGUUGCUGGAGGGCCACAGUAUCGGUAUUGGUGAUACAAUUGCUGAUCCUCAGACAUAUAACGAGAUUCAGAUGUCCAUUAAGAAGGCCAAAGACGAUGUCAUCUGUGUUAUUCAGAAGGCGCACAACAUGGAACUUGAACCAACACCAGGUAAUACCCUACGUCAGACUUUCGAGAAUCAAGUAAAUCGUAUUUUGAACGAUGCUCGUGACAAAACUGGUGGCUCUGCUAAGAAAUCGUUGACAGAAUACAACAAUUUGAAGGCUAUGGUGGUGUCUGGUGCCAAGGGUUCCAACAUUAACAUUUCCCAAGUUAUUGCCUGUGUGGGUCAACAGAACGUCGAAGGUAAACGUAUUCCAUAUGGUUUUCGUAAGCGUACCCUGCCACAUUUCAUCAAAGACGAUUACGGUCCUGAAUCCAGGGGUUUCGUUGAAAAUUCAUAUCUUGCCGGAUUGACACCGUCCGAAUUCUAUUUCCACGCUAUGGGAGGUCGAGAAGGUCUUAUUGAUACUGCUGUAAAAACAGCUGAAACCGGUUAUAUUCAGCGUCGUCUGAUAAAGGCUAUGGAGUCUGUCAUGGUAAACUAUGACGGUACAGUACGUAAUUCAGUGGGUCAGCUGAUUCAGUUGCGUUAUGGUGAGGAUGGUCUGUGUGGAGAAACUGUCGAAUUUCAGAAUUUGCCGACAGUCAAACUUUCGAAUAAGUCAUUUGAGAAGAGGUUUAAAUUUGAUUGGUCCAAUGAACGAUACAUGCGGAAGGUUUUCGCCGAUGAUGUCAUAAAGGAGUUAAGCGAAUCGAAUAACGCCCUCCCAGAGUUGGAGACCGAAUGGGAACAGUUGUGCCGUGAUCGUGAGGCUCUAAGACAAAUUUUCCCCAGUGGAGAAUCAAAGGUGGUAUUGCCUUGUAAUUUGCAACGUAUGAUCUGGAAUGUCCAGAAGAUUUUCCAUAUUAACAAACGUGUACCCACUGAUUUGAGUCCACUACGAGUAAUUCAUGGUGUGAGGGAUCUUCUGCAGCGUUGUGUAAUAGUGGUAGGCAACGAUCGGCUUUCCAAACAAGCCAACGAAAACGCCACGUUACUGUUCCAGUGCUUGGUUCGUUCAACUCUGUGCACCAAGUAUGUGGCGGAAGAAUUCCGUCUCUCUACUGAGGCCUUUGAGUGGUUGAUCGGAGAAAUCGAAACACGCUUCCAACAGGCGCAGGCAAAUCCUGGUGAGAUGGUGGGUGCUUUGGCUGCCCAGUCACUUGGAGAGCCUGCCACACAGAUGACAUUGAACACUUUCCAUUUUGCUGGUGUGUCGUCGAAGAACGUAACCCUGGGUGUACCGCGUCUCAAGGAAAUUAUCAAUAUAUCCAAGAAACCUAAGGCUCCUUCCCUAACGGUGUUCCUUACUGGAGGUGCGGCUCGUGAUGCAGAAAAAGCCAAGAACGUCCUCUGUCGCUUGGAGCACACAACUUUGCGUAAGGUCACAGCAAACACAGCUAUUUACUACGACCCAGAUCCGCAGCGCACAGUCAUAUCAGAGGAUCAGGAGUUCGUCAAUGUUUACUACGAAAUGCCUGAUUUCGACCCCACACGUAUAUCUCCGUGGUUGCUGCGUAUCGAACUCGAUCGCAAGCGUAUGACAGAUAAGAAACUGACAAUGGAACAAAUUGCGGAGAAGAUUAACGCUGGCUUCGGAGAUGACUUGAACUGCAUCUUUAAUGACGACAAUGCAGAUAAACUCGUCCUCCGAAUUCGUAUAAUGAACAACGAAGAAAACAAAUUCCAAGACUCCGAGGAGGAUGCCGUGGAUAAGAUGGAAGAUGACAUGUUCCUGCGUUGCAUUGAGGCAAAUAUGUUGUCCGACAUGACCCUGCAGGGUAUCGAGGCCAUUGGCAAAGUGUAUAUGCAUUUACCACAAACAGACAGUAAGAAGCGUAUUGUCAUCACGGAAACUGGUGAAUUCAAGGCUAUUGGAGAGUGGCUUCUGGAAACUGAUGGUACAUCAAUGAUGAAGGUUCUGAGUGAGCGGGACGUGGACCCUGUGAGAACGUUUUCCAAUGAUAUUUGUGAAAUUUUCCAAGUAUUGGGAAUAGAGGCUGUACGUAAGUCGGUUGAAAAGGAAAUGAAUGCUGUGUUGCAGUUCUACGGAUUGUACGUGAACUACCGACAUUUGGCUUUGUUGUGUGACGUAAUGACAGCGAAGGGCCAUUUGAUGGCCAUCACUCGGCACGGUAUCAACAGACAGGAUACUGGUGCUCUUAUGAGAUGUUCCUUCGAAGAAACUGUUGAUGUGUUGAUGGAUGCGUCUGCUCAUGCAGAGACCGACCCUAUGAGAGGUGUCUCUGAGAAUAUUAUUAUGGGGCAGUUGCCAAAAAUGGGAACUGGUUGCUUUGAUUUACUGUUAGACGCAGAGAAAUGUCGGUUUGGAAUUGAAAUCCCCAGUACAUUAGGUGCUGGCAAUCUAGUCGGAGGUAUGUUCUUUGGAGCAGCAUCAACACCAAGCAUGACCCCACCUAUGACACCAUGGGUGCAAUGUGGUACACCGAGAUUCUUCUCGCCACCAUCAGGAACAAUAAGCGGCAUGACUCCAGGUGGGCCGAGUUUCUCUCCUUCUGCACAAUCAGAUGCCUCUGGAAUGUCACCAAGUUGGUCUCCGGGUCAUCCAGGAUCUUCACCAAGCUCUCCUGGACCACCGAUGUCGCCGUUUUUCCCACCAUCUCCGAGUGCAUCACCUGCGUACUCGCCAACGAGUCCCCAUUACACCGCUUCGUCUCCCGGAGCAGCAUCGCCAACAUAUUCACCUUCAAGCCCCAAUUAUUCUCCAACAAGUCCAGCCUAUGGGUCAGCAAGCCCACGAUUCACUUCUACAACGCCCAAUUUCGGGCCACAGUCAACGGGUUAUUCUCCAACAUCGAGCGGUUAUUCACCGACAUCCCCGAUUUUUUCUCCAACUUUGAAGUAUCAAUCCUCGUCGACACCGUCAUUUUCGGGAGGUGGAUCAAAUACAUAUUCGCCCAACAGUGCUUAUUCUCCCACAAGCACCAAUUACUCACCAAACUCCCCGAGUUACUCCCCGACAUCUCCCUCUUAUUCCCCUUCAAGUCCAUCAUAUUCACCGACAUCGCCGUGUUAUUCGCCGGCAUCACCGUCGUAUUCUCCAUCAUCGGCAAACUACACCCCGAAUACGCCAUCGUAUUCUCCUACAUCUCCCAAUUUUUCAGCAUCCCCACACUAUUCUCCCGCAUCCCCAGCAUACUCACAAACAGGAGGCAAAUACUCGCCAACUUCGCCGACUUAUUCGCCACCUUCGCCGUCCUACGACGGAAGUCCACAAUACACCCCAGGAUCACCCCAACAUUCUCCGGCAAGCCCCAAAUAUUCACCAACUUCACCGCUAUAUUCACCAAGUUCGCCUCAGCACUCUCCGGCCAACCAAUAUAGCCCAACUGGAAGCAACUAUUCAACGACAAGUCCGCAUUACACCCCGAAUAUGUCAAUUUAUUCACCGAGCAGUCCCAAAUAUUCACCCACAAGUCCAAACUAUACACCAACUUCAAGGAACUAUUCCCCAACCAGUCCGAUGUAUUCGCCGACUGUUCCCUCUUCAACAGGAUACAGCCCUACAAGCCCAGCCUAUUCACCAAGUAGUCCUACAUAUGACGAAACUGACGAUUAGACAGAUUUUUAUUACUGCACUCUUCAUCUACGCGUUGUCCGGUGUUUUUUCUUUCUAAAAUACGUGUUUUAUCUUUUUACUGGACGUUGAAAAGUUUUGAGUAAUUAUAUCAACAGAACUUUAUAUUAAUAAAAGCCUUUUUAUUAUGAAUGUAUCAAAGUUAUUAAUUAUUGAAAAACCAAUAAAAAUAUUAUAAAAGGA